GGUUUUAUUUAUUCAUCAUUUUUUUGUUUCUUUUUUGACAUUAGUUAAACGGGUACGAUGUCUGAAAGAUUACGAGAACCUGUGGUUGAUUUUUCUAUUGAGGAGAAGGGUCAAUUACCUUCAAAUUCAAAUGAUGAUGAUAUUAUAGAAAAUGAUAAUAAAAAUGUAGAGGCUGCUUCUACCUCUAUACCACAAUUGACUUUGGAAAAAUCAAUAUCUAUUAAAUAUCGUACUCUAUCCAUUCAGACUUCGGAAAGUAUCCAGGCUCAAAAACUCUAUUUAAAGAAAGAAAAACCCAUAAUUUCUCCCGAUGAUGAAAUCGCACAACUUGAUUAUCAUACCCUUCCAGUAAAUUUGAUUUGGCAACGAGUUGAAAGCAAUGCAACCCUCGGUUUAAAUUCUCAAACAGUUACCCGUCGUCUUCAACAUGAUGGAAAAAACUUAAUUUCUUCCCCUAAAAACAAUGUAAUAUAUAAAAUCCUUGGCUAUUUGUUUGGUGGAUUUUGUAGUUUGCUUUGGUUCGCAGCUAUUAUCAUGAUCUUGUCAUAUCAACCAUUUGGUAUGCCAAAUCCAGCUCCAUUGAACCUUGCGUUGGGAGUGGUUCUGAUAAUUGUAGUAAUUAUUCAAGCCGCGUUUGGUGCGUAUCAAGACUGGUCAACAUCAAAGGUGAUGAAGUCGAUUAGAAAUAUGCUUCCCUCUGAAACACUCGUUAUUCGUGAUGGAAAGGUUCAUAAAGUACUUGCGACUGAUCUUGUUGUUGGAGACAUUGUUCAAGUAAAUAUGGGUAACAAAGUUCCAGCUGAUUUGCGUAUUGUGGAAGUGACAGGCGACAUGAAAUUUGAUCGUUCAAUAUUGACUGGAGAGAACGCACCAGUUACUGCCACUGUGGAAGCUACAGAUGAGAAUUAUCUCGAAACAAAAAACAUUGCUUUGCUUGGUACUCAUUGUACUAACGGAACUGGAAAGGGCGUUGUCGUCGCCACUGGUGAUAAUACCGUGUUUGGCAGGAUUGCUAAGUUGUCAUCUGCUACAGAUUCAGAAACUACAAUUCUUCAAAGAGAAAUAACUCGGUUUGUAUUAGUUAUUGCAGCAUUGUCCAUUAGCACAGGAGUAAUUCUUAUGAUCUUGUGGGCUACAUGGUUAAGAGUUACUUAUCCGGGUUUCUUAAACCUUUCCGGCAUGCUCGUGAAUGCUAUUUCCGUUAUUGUUGCCUUCGUACCCGAAGGGAUGCCUGUAUGUGUCACAUUAUGCCUAACCUUAAUUGCAAAGCGCUCUUUUCGUCAAAAGAUUUUAUGUAAAACGCUUCCCGUUGUGGAAACUCUUGGUUGUGUUUCUAUUAUUUGUUCUGACAAAACUGGCACUCUUACAGAGAACAAAAUGUUUGUGAAUAACGUGAGCUUUGUUACCAAGGAGAUGAAAACUCAAGAAUGCAAGGAUGCAUUGAGUUCUACUGACCACCCAGAAAAAAAGGCAGUUAGAAUUUUACAAUUAACUGCCUGUUUAUGUAACGCUGCCGUUUUUGACCCCGCUUCAAUAAAUCUUCCAGUAUAUGAAAGGGUUGUGAAUGGAGAUCCUACAGAUUCUGGUCUACUUCGUUUUUCUGAAAACUUGAAAGAAUCAACUACAGCUGAUCGUCUUGAGUUUAAAACAAUUUAUCAAGUCCCAUUUAAUUCUAAAAAUAAAUUCGCAAUCACCAUUCACCGUCCUAGUGACGAAUAUAAUGACCUAGAAACCUCACAACUCGUAUUUUUUUGCAAAGGUGCUCCUGAAGUUUUAAUGGAACAUUGCUCUUCCUAUCUUCAACCAGAUGGAAAUGAAAAGAUGCUUGAUCAUGAAAGUAAAGGUCUGUUGGAAUCUAUUCAAGAUUCAUGGUCAAGGAAUGGCCAACGUGUACUUUUACUGGCAAAGAAAAUUAUUCCAACAUAUAUGUUCCCUGGAAAGUCAAAAAAUGAUGUUGAGAUGACAAAUCUAGCUUUAUCCUUCAAUAAGAAUUUAUGUAUAGUUGGUUUAGUAGGAAUUGUUGAUCCACCUCGUGCGGAAAUUCCUGAAGUUGUCAGACGAUGCCGUAGAGCGGGAGUCAGAAUUUUUAUGGUUACGGGUGACUAUUCUUUAACUGCAGAAACGAUAGCUAGACAAUGUGGUAUUCUUACGAGUAAUAAAGUGGAUAAUAUUGAUGAUAUUAUUGAAGCGGAUAAAAGUGGCACAUCUAUGAUUCGUCAAAGUUUAGAUACUGAAGAGGAUGAUUAUCAAAAAAAUAUCAAUUCUCUUGUAUUGACUGGAAAAGAUCUCUCCCAAAAUUUAACUCCUAAACAUUGGGAUGCUAUUGCAAAUUAUUCAGAAAUAGUCUUUGCUAGAACAACUCCGGAACAAAAAUUAAAAAUUGUAACUGAACUACAGCAUCGAGACAAUGUUAUAGGAGUGACUGGUGAUGGAGUGAAUGAUGCACCAGCAUUAAAACAAGCAAAUAUCGGAAUUGCCAUGGGUUCAGGAUCUGAUUUAGCUAUAGCGGCAGGAAAUAUGGUUUUACUUGAUAACAAUUUUGCGUCAAUAAUCGUGGCUAUGGAAAAUGGUCGACUCGUGUUUGACAAUUUAAAGAAAGUUAUAUUGUAUCUUUUGCCUGCCGGAUCUUGGUCUGAAAUGUGGCCUGUGGUAGUUAAUGUCUUGCUUGGAACUCCACUUCCAUUGUCAGCUUUUCUUAUGAUUGUAAUUUGUUGCGUAACGGAUAUAUUCCCAUCACUUUCCCUUACACAUGAAAAGGCCGAGUCUGAUCUUAUGUUACGAAAACCGCGAAGAGCAUCUAGAGAUCAUCUUGUAAAUGUCAAAUUACUUUUACAGGCUUAUGGAUUUAUUGGUAUUAUGGAAAUGCUCUUUGCACAUUGGAUGUUCUUCACAUAUUUAUCCAUUUAUGGUGGAAUUACUUUCAGAGAUACAUUAUUCGCAUAUAACAACUGGGGAGAUGGAUUUAUGGGAAAAACGAUGGAUGAACUUAAUGAACUUAAUUACACGGGCCAAAGUGUAUAUUUUAUAACAUUAGUAAUUAUGCAAUUUGGAAAUCUCUUAUCAAUCCGAACACGACGCAGAUCAAUAUUUCAAGCAAAUCCAUUUUCAGGACCUUCCAAAAAUUUGUAUUUAUUUGGGGGAAUGUUUAUUUCCCUUAUAACUGCAUUGAUUAUACUUCACGUGCCUUUCUUUAAUAAUGUCUUUUAUACAAGACCGGUUCCAAUACAAUUUUACUUCAUCCCUCUCGGAUUUGCCGCAUUUAUUUUUGUUAUGGAUGAGAUGAGGAAGUUGCUUGUAAGAACCUAUCCAAAAUCAUUUUUGGAUAAAUUAGCUUGGUGAAAGAAGAGACAGUCAAAUUUCUAAAGCUUUUUUAUUUGUAAUAUAUUGUAAUAUUUAAAUGUAUCUAAUAUCUAAUAAUUAUAUUUAGCUAAUUAUCAAUCAAGUUAUAAACAAACGUUUUUUAUAUAAUAAAAACGUGUGUGUAAUGUAUCAUUUAUACACAAUUUAAAAAUAUUGAAAAUAAUUCCAAAAAACGUGUGUUUUAUCUGUUAUCUGUCGCGUUCGCGUUGUUUAUAUUGUUGUUUAUAUUUAUCUCAGCGACUUUACGUGGUUUACGUGGCCUGAUCUCU